GGGAUCUUCUACCCCUAAUGUAUUGCAGUCAUUAGACCCUCCAUUCACGCCCUCCCGGAGGGAGUCCCACUAAUUUCUUGAACCAUUCUGAGCUCCCCUGUCAGACAGGUCAGACUACGAUGGGACAGAUAUUCCAUCGGACGUUUCCGGAUCCAGCGCCGACAUUGCAGUCCGAUGCGGAGAGGCCAUCAUGGUAUCUACGACUUCCCAACAUCUCCACAAGAUCCAAGGCCGCCCAAUUAGUCGCGACUGCGUCGGCGACCGUGUUUAACAAUCGCAUCCCGGUUGAGGAUCACACCCCAGUCGAGGAUCCCUGUGAUGACAAUGAUUACAGCGACCUGGGAUCGGUUGCAAGGGAAACUGACAAGGGCCAUUUUGACGUCGAAACCCUGAACUGGAAGGCCGUGGGUACGUUUGAGGAUGGGACGAACUACAUACAGUGGUUGGUCAUACCGGCACUGGCAGCUUACAUGAAAGCAACGAAGGACAUAGCAUUGGUCGCGUUGAAGGAUGGCGAGAAUGCCGAUGACGUGCUGGCGCAGUUGGACAACGACCGUGCAUAUUUGAUUAGCUUUUUAGGUGUCGACAACAAAGCGCAUCCAAUGUUCACUUACUUUAACUAAGUACUUGUUUUCCAUCAUACUCUACUCUAAUACAUUGUUUUAUUGCCAGGUUUCACACUAGUGGUCCAAUGGGAGUGGUGGUAUAUAUGAUACAGUAGCAACUUGAUGGCAACAGUCAGAAGUAUAAUGUCCAGAACAUGAAGUCAAAUA